UAUGUCAAAUGUGGAGUUUACGAUACAUAGCAUUAAAUGUAAAGAACAGCCUGUGGACCAAAUAAGACCAGAGCUUUACAAAACCAUUAAUCAUCCAACGCCUGAAAAAGACCCGUUAUUAUACUUUCGAGUUAGUUAUGAAAGUGAAAACUCAGCUUUAAGUGUAAGCAUUGAUAAGGCGGAGAAUUUGCCACCGAAAGAUUUUAGUGGAACUGCAGACCCUUAUGUAAGAGUAUACCUACAUCCUGACAAACGAAGACGUUUUCAGACUAAAGUGCAACGUAAAAGUUUGUCACCAUCUUUUAAUGAAACUUUUACGUUUCCAUUAACUGUUGAUAAACUAGGAAAAAAAUCUCUACAUUUAGACGUAUGUGACUUCGACAAGUUUUCUAGGCAUGAUCUUAUUGGAUCUGUAAUCAUUGAAGAAAUCCCCACCGAGACCAAAGAAUUCGCAUCCAAACUGGCUUGCGGUAAACAGAGCGAAACAAAUAUCGGUGAACUAAUGCUAUCCCUCUGCUACUUGCCAACGGCUGGUCGUUUAACUGUAAAUGUUAUUAAAGCAACCAAUUUAAAGGCAAUGGACUCCAAUGGACUUUCCGAUCCUUAUGUUAAGGUAUAUUUAAUGUGUGGCUUAAAGAAAUUAAAAAAGAAAAAAACAUCGAUUCAAGCGAAGACCCUAAACCCAGUUUUCAACGAAUCAGUUGUUUUCGACGUUCCUUACGAAAGUAUUGAUGAAGUUGAUUUGCAUAUAAAAGUCUUCGACCACGACGUUUUAGGCAGUGAUCAACUGAUAGGUGGAAUUGCUAUAGGUCCUUCAUACCAUCACUCACAUCGACAAUGGAGAGAAAUGCUAGAAAAACCAAGGAAACGAAUAGUCCAGAGCUAUACUCUUGUUGAACAAGUGGAUAAAAAACGAUAA